AUGGAAGAAGUCAACAUUUACAACACUUCACAGAACAACAACAGCAGCCUCACCUAUGAUUACGAAUAUUAUAAACAAGUUGUAUUCAUCAUGAAAGUGGUGACGAUCAUCAUCAUUUGUAUCAGCCUUCCUUUGACCCUUGUGGCCAUCUAUGCUGUUCGUUCUCUGGUGAAAGAUGAUCAUGUUGUUCCGAUCUACGUCAUCAACCUUCUCAUUACCGACCUCAUUCAGCUCUGCUGCGUGAUCACUGUGGUGCUACCUGUGGACUGGAUACUACCUUGGACUGGAAUGAUUUCAUAUCACAUCUACAACUAUUGUCUGGUGGCCAGUAUUGGUUUCAUGGUGUGCAUCGCCCUGGAAAGGUAUUUGGUCAUCGCCUGCCCACUGUGGUACCGCUUCAGACGAACCAUCAAGGUCUCUGUGCUGGUCUGUGUCGUGGUCUGGGCCCUUCCUGCUGUCAUUUUCUAUCUCCUCCUUACUGGAAGGAACUCACUAACCAUUGGUGGCAUCCUCCUCCUCCUUCCUCUCCCACUGCUCAUAUUCUUCCUUGGUGGGACCCUCAAAGCCCUGUCUGCUUCCAUCUCUGUCCACUCUGACGAAAAACGAAGAAUUGUAGGAAUGUUGGUCCUGGUGCUGCUUAUUUACACACUGUUGUUCCUACCCAGCAUUAUUUUGUUCCUGGCACGGGGAAGCAGUGACAUCGAUGAAUAUAAGCUAAGCAACCUGUCUUUCACAUUUCUGAAGUUGAGUCCUCUGGCAGACUUAUUUCUGUAUAUUUUCAUGAGGAAAGGGACCAUUGACAAGCUGUUGGCUUCUGUGUGUUGUUGCAGAAUGGACAGUGAUGAUAUCAGCAGCCCAGUGUGAAUGAUGACAAAAUGUCCACAGUCAGCUUCAUGUAGGCAGAGAAAGUGAGACAGAG